AUGGUUGCUCUGGGGAAUGUCAGAAACGGAAAGGCAGGAAAUCCCAAUCUUCCAACUGCUCAGAAUAUGUUGGAGAUGAGGUACGACAUGAGACUGGAAGCAGAAGCGCAAGCGUACGCCAACACGUGCCCAACAAGUGAAUCUGCUACAUCUGGCGAAAAUUUCGCAUUAGUUUCCCCAACGACAAUCACACCUCUUCAAGCUGUUGUUCAGGCUGUGAAAUCAUGGUGGAGCGUAAUAUGGCGUAAUGGUAUAAAUAGGAGGCUUGUAUACACGAUAUUUCUGGAACGUAAACCAACAUCGCCAAGAACAUUCACUCAGGCGCGUCAAAAGAGCAUGGCUUGGGCUGGUUCGUACAGAAUCGGAUGCGGUGUAAGAAUUUGUGGAGGAAGCAGAGUUGUGGUAUGCCGCUAUAGUCCUAAAGGUAAUAUCUACUUUCAACAAGUCUACAUUCCCGGGCCAGUAUGCGGUAGCUGCUUUAGCAGCUGUAGAGAUGGGCUAUGUGCAGCACCUGCAGCGUAG